CGUCUGAAGCGCCGGCGACGGGUGGCCGUGCUCGAACGUCGUUCUAAAUUCAAAACCUACCCGCAUAUAAAUAGACUUGAAUGAUUAAAAAGUUUAAUUCUAUUCAGCCAGUAUAAAAAAAAAAAUUAUAUGUGUUAAACAACUAUAAUGAUAUAGGUAUAUUGUUUGUGUGUACUUUUUAUUAUAGUGUUUUAACAAAGUUGGUGCAUUGGUGAGGUGUUCAUGAAUUCUCCAAAUCUGACUAUGUCAUUGGAACAUCAAAUGCCGGUGCUUAUGAAAAAGACGCAGAUGAGUGGAGAUUGCGCGGGGUCACAGUGCGGUUUGACGUCACUGCUGCCGAUGUCCUGUCGCGGGAGAGCCGCAGCGUUCGCGCGCGACUUGCAUUCAAGACUGCGUAAUUUGGGAGCAUCACAUGACGGUGAAUUGGAAAACAGCUGGCUGGCCAGGGACAGCGCACACAGGCCUACCAACUCGAACCACUCACGUGACAUUGACACCUUCUACGACUUCGAGCUCGAGUGUGAAAGUCCGUCUAGUCCUGUUGAUGAAUACGUUCAGUUCCCGGACAAACACAACGAAGAUAAGGAUCCGCCUUUUUAUGAUGUAGACUCAGAUCCAGAACAUAAGGAGCAAACCAAAUCGAUGCUCAAGCAGCCCGAUAAGGGGGUUAAUGGAUUUAAAUUUUCAACAGCAUUUUAUACGGAAUCUCCAAUAAACUUCCAACCAUCGUCCAAAGAAAACGGACAUAUCGAUAAACCACUCUAUUCUCCUAUCACUUUUGAAGGCUGUGCUCGGCAGAACAGUUUCGAUGAGGUUGAUUGCGCACAACCUUUGAGGCCUUACGACACAGAACGACUAUUUUCACAGUUUAAUUCAAACGACAGCGACUCAGAAUUCGAAUCGGCUAAGAGCGAUCCCUCUGAAGGAACAGACGACGUUACACAGGAUGAUACCCUCUCACAAAAUAACUUAGUGGAUGCUACCGAUGCAUUUUCAAUUACAGAUACCGAAAAUUUGCAAAAAGGAAAUGUUCCUGAAUAUAGUGUGGAAGUUUCUUUAGCAAUUUCGGAGUGUCAGACUGUCGAUAAAACUGAAGCGGAAACAAUUUUAAAUAAUGGCUUGACUGAAACGGUUACCAGUGAAGCUCUCAACGAGAACGAUUCAUUGUCAGUUCAAGAAAAUGAUUCCAGUUCACUCGAUGCAGAAUCUAAAUCAGAGGACGAUGGUGAAGAUGAUCGACCGCAGCGAGUACGGAGAUGUUCAUCAUUAAAAACUGGGAAAACGCCGCCCGGUACUCCCGGACGUAAAAAAAUUGUUCGAUUUGCUGACGUGCUUGGACUCGAUCUGGCGGACGUGAAGACCUUCAUGGAUGAAAUACCGGUAAUACCAAAAUCCGCUUACGAUGAUCUCACUGGUUGUGAUGUACAAAAUUCCCCUCCCACGAGACCACCGCCCCGUCUAGGGGCAUUGACGUUAGUUCCUUUAUUCCAAGUUCCUCGCGAUGUAACGGAAAAACUAGAAAGGCAAAACGUGUGCUUAGAGAGUUCACGUGUAUGUGAUGGCGUCCAUGUAACAAUUUGUGGCUCGGUUCGAGUACGUAAUUUAGAUUUUCACAAAACUGUACACAUACGCUACACAAUGAAUCGUUGGAAGACCUACACGGAUUUACAGGCGAACUACGUACAGGGCUCGUGCGACGGAUACUCGGACCGCUUCCAAUUCACGUUAUACGCACCUUGUAUUUCAUCGGGCCAAAGGUUAGAAAUCGCCGUCAGAUUCCAAUGUAAGGGGCAACAGUUUUGGGACAACAAUAGCGGAGCUAACUACUGCUUCGAUUGCUUGGCUCUGGGUAAUAUCCAUGCUACAUCAUCGCCGAUGACGCUACAUCCGACUGUUGACUGGCACCCAUCCUUCUACUGAGUGCCAUCUAAGAAAGAUGAAGGUUUCUAAGCGAUGGUAACGAUCGAUCGAAAGUGAGGAGCCGGCAGGUCUCACAUUGUAUCAUCGAGGAAUGUCCUCAAAUAGGAACAAUUCUGUGUCCGUAAGGUUAUGGGACUGCGCCAAUUGGUGGAAAUAACAAUACGAGGCUUCAAUUAGAACAUUUGUGAUAUGCGAGUAGAAUUUAGAAUUUAAAAAAAAAAGACGAGUUUCGUAGUGAUUCGUCCGCGUGCCAUUUGAUAUAACGACUUAUUAAAUUUUUAAUACGAUAGAAUAAUUCUAGUCCCUGUGGACAAUAAAAAGCAAUAAAUCGGUCCUGAGGAGUGAUUGUUAUCUAUGGUCAGGCGUUACCUGCCACUAUUGUUCCUUUGUAUAUAUCGAGAGGUAAAUUCUGAAUGAUAUUAUUUUACAUAUUCAAAUAAUGCCUAUUAAUAUUAUAUAAAAAAUUUUUCACGUAGUUAAAUCGAUUCAUUCACUUUAACUAUGUGUAUGAUAGAAUGUUAUAUUGAGAAAUGAAAUUUAUAUCGAGUUAAUUUUAUUAGAUGUAAUGAUGUUUUGGAGCUGUUUAAAUAAUAUUUGGAUUACAAGUUAUAGUUACAGUUGAUACACACUUUUAAAUAUAUAUAUUUUUAUAUAAUGUUAUCGAUCUAUAACUAACAACCUUUAUAUUUUUUUACGAACAACAUGACAAAAAAUGUAUCCUACGAUCUAUAUUUUAACUAUUUGAGAUUAUAAAAUUAAAUUAUUAUUAUACUUAUUGUUAGAUAUCAAUAUUAAAAUCAAUAUUUAUUAUUCUUUAUUUGUACCUGAACUUUUAAUGUGGCCAUAUAUUGCUAUGUUAUUUGGAGAAGCAAUGUUCUGUAUCUACGUUUGUUACUUUGACUCCUGUUUUAGCAAUAAAUUUACGAAUAAAUUUGCAUAAUAUUUUA